AUGGAAGCUAGAACUCCUGCAGUGCUCUCUCCCUCUCUUUUUUGUGCUGUAUUAUUUGUAUAUGGAUUUGUAACCAGUUAUGAGAGAUACAGUUUGGUUUGCAGAGGUAAGGACACCCGCAGCACCUUCACCAGCCACCUUCAUGCUGCUUUACUUCGAAAGAAACUUGACAUCUACAUAGAUUACAAACUGGAGAGAGGGGAUGAAAUCGGACCUGCCCUUCUAGAAGCUAUUGGGAAGUCAAAGCUUUCGGUGAUAAUUUUCUCAAAAAACUAUGCUUCUUCCACAUGGUGUUUGGAUGAACUCUUGCAUAUACUAGGAUGCAAGGAAGGGGAUGGACAGUUUGUUGUACCCAUUUUUUACGACAUCAGUCCAGCAGAUGUACGAAAACAGCAGGGGAGUUAUGCAUUUGCAUUUGCUCAACUUGAAGAACGUUUCAAGGACUGUAUGGACAAGGUGCUUGAGUGGAGGGAUGCUUUGGAGAAAGCUGCCAACCUAUCUGGUUUUGAUAAUUUAAACAAAGCCGGGACAGAGGCCGAUUUCAUUGAGGAAGUUGUCCAAGUUAUAUUGACCAAAUUGAAUUGCAAACAGUCAAGUGAUUGUACGGGCCUUGUUGGAAUUGAAACCAAAAUCGAGGAAAUUGAGUCGUUAUUAUGCAUUGAUUCACCAGAUAUUUUGACUGUAGGUAUAUGGGGAAUGGGUGGUAUAGGCAAGACCACCCUUGCUGGUGCUUGUAUUUAA